AUGGCUUGGCACGACGUGCUGGCGAACCAUGCAUACGGCGGGCGCUCGCUCGUCGACUGGGUCACCCUCUUGGUCCUGAUCAUUGCGACCAAGUUUAUGGGGCUGGGCAGCGAGGGUUUCCGGCAGCAGUUCUCGCUCGCGGACGUCUCGCUGCAGCACCCGUACGCCCUGCACGAGCGGGUGCCGGAUGUCUUGCUGCUGGUCCUUAGCCUGAUCGUGCCGCUGAUCGGCGUGCUGGUGCUCUCGGCAGUGCACACGCGGCCCUUUGCGCGCAUGAAUACCGCGGCGCUAGGCCUGCUGCUCACGCUCGCGAUCACCGCCGUGAUUACCAACCUGGUCAAGUCGCUCGUCGGCCGGCCGCGUCCCGACUUGCUCGACCGGUGCCAGCCGCGCCUGCCGGCAUGGGACGAGGGCAAGUACCACAGCACGCUCGUGACCGAUGCGAUCUGCACGACAGCACACGACUCGCCGAUCCUCAAGGACGGCUUCCGCUCGUUCCCAAGCGGCCAUUCGAGCACCUCGUUCGCGGGCUUGGUGUACCUCGCGCUGUGCGUGCGCGCGGCACUGACGAGCGUCGUGUACCGCAUUGCAGGACUGUAUGCCUACGUUCCCGCGCCGACCGAGCCGCAGCCGGACCCGCCGCGCGCCAACGAGCACACCGAGCCGCAGGGCACGGUCGACGUGCCGCCGGGCGACCCGCUCUCGCCGAUCGCAUUCACGAUCGUGCUUCCGCUUGUACCAGUCCUGGUGGCAGCAUACGUCGCCAUCAGCCGCACAAUGGACUAUCGCCACCACCCGACCGAUGUCGUGGCCGGUGCGACCCUUGGAACGGUCGUGGCACUGGCCGUGUAUCAUCGGAACGGAUUUGCGAGAUGA